AUGAUAUCUGUAGCUUCAACUCCCUCUACCCAAACACCAAGUAAAGCCUCCCGAAUUCCAGAUGCGCCAUUCAUCUUGGGCUGUUCUCCAACUACCCACGAGAUAUACCAAACCAAUACAAAAUCCUCAUGGACACAUUUGAUAUCUGGGACCUCGAAACCGGAUCUGAGUAAACUCGACAGUAGCGGUCCUCAUCCUCACAAGCAUAGACUUUUGGAUCAACUUCCCGGAUGUGCAUUCGACUAUCUUAGACUGAAAGUUUGA